UUGGGUUUCAGAAAGUGGGGGAUGUGGUCAGGACCACCAAAGAACCACUACAAUCAGAUGGUGUAUGAGAAUGGAGAACCCUGCUGGCAGGGAGGUGCACGCAGUACAACAGUCACUCUGACAUGCGGAACGGAGACAGCCUUGCAAUCAGUGAAGGAGCCGAGCAAAUGCCAGUACGUCAUGGACUUUCAGACUCCUGUGACCUGUCAGCCAGUGCUAAAGCAGAGGGGUGUACACAGUGAACUGUGA